CAACAUGAGUGCUUUGGAAGAAGUUAAAAGACUGCAAGCAGAGUUUAAAGAUAUACAACUUAGUACUACCAAACAAAAAUUAUCUGAAAGGAACAUUAUUGAGUUGGUGACCAAACUUGUUGAACUGCGACUGAUCAAUGUGAUUUAUACCACUGAUGGAAAGGAAUAUCUUACUCAUCAAGAACUUGCAAAGGAAAUCAAAGAUGAACUUGUUGCUCAUGGAGGGCGCAUCAAUCUUGUUGACUUGCAACCAAUUAUCAAUGUUGAUUUCACCCAUAUCCAGAACAAGGUUGGCGAAAUUGUUGGUCAGGACUCAGAUUUGUGUCUAGUACUAGGCCAGCUCAUUAACAGGUCCUAUCAAGACUGUCUUGCGGAAGAGAUAAAUGACAGACUACAAGAAAAAGGUCAUGUCACCAUUGCAGAACUCACAAAACUGCAUGACUUACCAGCAGAUUUCCUUUCAGAGGUAAUUAAUAACCGACUUGGAACAGUCAUCAAGGGUCAGAUCGACAGUUUUGACAGGGAUGUGGUAUUCACAGAAGCUUUUGUAGCUCGAAUGAGAGCUGUCAUACGAGGAUCAUUUAGUGCCGUUACAAGGCCAACACCAGUUCAAGGUAUAAUGCAUCAACAUGGAUGUCAGGAGAGGCUAUUUUUUUCUAUUUUGGAGGAACUUAUUCAGAGUGGAAGACUUGCAGGCAGCAUUUCUGGUGGUCGUCAAGAAAAAGCAGCAUACUUGCCUGAAAUUUACACAAAAUCCCAGAAUGAAUGGGUGGAUGCAUUCUACAAACAAAAUGGCUAUUUAGAAUAUGAUUCAUUGUCUCGUCUUGGAAUUCCUGACUGUAAGAACUAUAUCAAGAAGCGUUUCAAAGAUGAACAGCUGGUUUAUCUCAGCACCUGCUGUUGUGGCAAGGCAAUACAGGAUCAGAUUGAAUCCAGUGUCGAUGAGGCUUUAUCCUCUGGGACAUGGGUCGACAUUAUGAGCGUUUUGCCAUCAAUAUUUAGUCUCAAGGAUGCUAACCAGCUUUUGACAACAUAUUUAAAAACUCGCCAAGGAGCACUUCUUUGCUGUGAUUCCAUUGUAGCGAGUGAGUCAUUAAUUCAAGAUUGCAGUAAACCAUUUGUUCCUCUUAUGACAUCAAGAGCUGAAAAAGAUGUCAAGUCUAACCCAGUGUUCAUAGACUCUGGAAAGAAAGGCUCUGGUGCCAAGGUAGCUGGUCUCGAUGAUGGUAGUUCAGCACGAGAAGACAAGAAAGAUCAACGCAGAAAGAAGGCUGCAACUAGCACCAAAAGUGGUGGUGGAACACAGGGCAGAGAAAUCAAAACAAAAUCAACAAAGAAGAAAGGCCGCAAUAAAGACGUGGAUGAUGACUCGGAUGAUGAGCAUACAUCAGUCUCACAGAGUAAACAGCAUGAUGUGUCCUUCAUGAAUAUUAAUGAGAUCGAGGAUGUUCUGAGACACCAGGACCAGCUUGCAGAAUGUCCUGAGGAACUGGUUAAUGAGAUAGCAACACGGUUGUGUAGACCACUUUCAAAGCAAUACCAGGAAAUUGCUAAGUCCAUUUUUCUCCAGUCUGCUGGAGCUGCUUCUGGCUCAGACCGAAAGAAAACUCAUGGAGAUCUUCAAGAAAAACUAAAUGGACUCUGGUCAAAUGUUAAACUCUUUGAAAAGGGGUUAAAAUUAUUUCCAGAAGAUGCUCAUUCUCAGUUUGUUCGACACAUACUGAAAACAUUGUGCACAGAUAUUUCAAACAUGGUUGUCAAUUUCAUUGCUACAGAUAACAUGCUGUCUGUAUCAGAUGAAUUACAAAUUACACCAGAGGCCAGAUUGAAAAUUAUAAGUAAACUCCCCACCGAGAUUCAAGGUCCUUUGACAAAGCUACAUUCAUCUCUGAAUAGCAAGACCUUGGAAGAGUUCUUUUCUAGUCUGGAAUAUCUUUGUGGCCCUGAGAAUCUUGGUAUUUUGUUCAAGAAGUUGGACAAGAAAAGAGAAAGACAAAUUGUAUUUGCCCAUCGACAAACACUGGCUGAGCAACUGAGACAAGAGACUGACCCAGCAAUGACACUUCACUUGGCGUCAGUAAUACUCUUCCAGACGUUUACAAAUAACAUGAUUCACGUCCCAGGUCGUCUUGUGCCGCAAGUUAUCCAGUUUCUGUCGGAAUACUUAGAGAAAGAUGUCCAUGAAAAGCUUGUCAAUUUACAAGAGCUGGUUGUGAAGCAUGCAAAACUAGUCAAUGAUUCCACUGCAGAGAAACCUAUGACAGAGGAAAUUUCAGAUGUCGAGGCACAGAUGAAAGAAUUACUGCCUGGUGUCAAGGAAAUUGCACUGACUGCUAAGAAAAACAAUAUGGUACAAGAAGAAACAAAGGACGAGGCUUGAUAUAGAUACUACAAAUGUGACGAUGUCUCAAUCAAGUUUGAAAUAACAGGAAAACCACACAUUGGCAUAUUCGGAGUACUCUCAUAAUUAUUUUAUUAAAGUGUGCCAUCGUGCAACUUGUAGUAAUACUUUUAUAAAAUAACCUUAUGUUUGACAUCCAAUAGCAGAUGAUUAAUAAAUCAAUGUGCUCUAGUGGUGUCGUUAAACAAAUCAAACUAUUUAUAAUACUUUUAUAUCAUAUCAUCGAAUUAGAAAUUGCUAAAAUAUAUCUGGUUCCCUUUGGCUGUUCAUAGGAAAUUUAUGGAAUACAUUAUUACUGAAAGUUGUACUGUUACUACUAAGUGGCAGCAUCAGCCAUUCAGUAUAUAAAUGGGGAAGAAAAAGUGUUUCAGUUGAGGCAGUUGUACUUCAUACACAGUAUACAUUGCCAUAUGUAUAAGCAGAAAGGGACCCGAUAAAACAUUAAUUUAGUAUUAACAUAACACUGUUUAACAAGACAUGCUGAAAUGAGGAUAGGUUUGCUUUGAAAAAAUAAAUCCGAUUUAUUUUAACAGCAGAACAAAUGUCAAUGACUCUGAAGGAAAACUUUAAUAAACAGGUUGAGGUGUUUUUUUCUUGUGAUAUAUGAAAUGUGAGCUUUCUGUAAGAAUAAAGGUUUUUGGUAACACGAUUAGUCGGCUGAACGAUAAAUAUUAAUUUAAAAGUGAUGUUGUGCUCAUUAUAUAUGUAAAUAUUGUACCAUAAUAAAAGUUUGAUCGACACAGGUAUAACUGAGGAUUUAAUUCAGAUGAGAUUUAAAAAAAAAAUGAAAUGUGUGACGGUCACGUCUUUACAUCUGAAAAUUGUCAUUAACGUGUCUGAGCACAUUGGGCAUUGCAUGUUGACUGGUACAACAUUAGCUCAUGCUUCUCAUGAGACAGUGGAUCUCUGGAAUAGUGAAUAGUGAUCGAGAUCCAUUCACGAGUUAAAGCACGUUUAAGGUUGUGGACGUUCCCUUGCACCCUACAACCAAACAAAUCCCAUACCUGCACAAUAGGGAACAAGUGAGGCAAUCUUGCAAGCCAGUUUAGUGCCUCAAUAUUGUUCCUCUGAAGAAGUCCAGUCGUUAGUCUGGCUGAAUACAGGCGUGCAUUGUCCUGUUGAAACAAAAUGCAUGGAUGCUGAUUUCAUCACUAAUGCUGAGCAUUCAGAUUCCCAUGAGGUUGUUUGUCCGAUGUCAUGAAUUCCUGCCAACACCAUGAUGUUACCACCACCACAUCGGUCAUGUUAGUGCACGAAGCGACGUUGUACCACAGUCAGUGCACAAUGUGCUCAGACAAUUUAAAAUAUUUUUUAGCAUGCACUCCCAAACACCAUUUAACGAAGUGACCGUCACACAUUUCAUUUUGUAUUGAAAAUCUGUUACUUAUACUGACAAAUGAUGCCUUAAUUAAAUCCAGUGUCCGAUUUUAUUUUGAAAGUCGUGAGUUUUCUUUUAUUUAAGCGCAUUUACCAAAUUGCUAAAUGUUUUUGGCCAAGUAUAAAUAUACACACACAUCUCACAUUUAAUAACUGCCACCCCAACCCGUUACUGACAUCUAUCUUCUGAUUCCUAUGGGAAUGCCAUUUAAAAAAACCAGUUACAAUCUUUUCAGUGUCAUAUUCAAUACUUCAUAUAGGUCUCUGAAAAUUAUGAGAAUGAUUGUUUUUUAUUGUGCAUUGUUCACAAAAAUCUAUUAAAAAAUUGUUCUUGCAUUAAAUUAACAACAUCAUUCCAUAGACAAUAAUGGGUUAUGCAAAAGGCAAAUAGGUUACUUGAAUUUGUUUUUGCACAACUGAAAAGGUAUGUGUUACACAGAUUUUCAAUCUUCUAAAGCCUGUUGAAUGUACCAGGUCUAGAGCAGCUUGGUUAUCGCAGAAGAAAAAAAUAUUUGUGACAAGUAUAUGAAAAUACAUGGUCAGUAAUUUUUUUUUUUUUUAUUACCAAAAGUAGAAUUUAAUGGUAAUUUAUGGUGUGUAGAACACAAUAUGAACAAAAAUAGAAAACCAAUGAAAUAUUGAAAACAUUGCAUUUGUUAAAAUAUGGCAGAAUCACCUCUAUAACUUGGCACUUGCUUUCUUAGAACUUGAUAUUCACAGGAGAUAAUCACUGUUUUUUUGAGAAUAAACUAAUGUGACAUGAGCAAGGCAAAUUAUUACUCUAUGUAUGAUGUAUUGAUUUUUAUCAUGUUUUAAUUUUUUGCUUGUCACAUUUAGGACACCAGGAUACAUAGUGUACAUGUACUUGCUGGUAAAAUAAAAUGAAUAUAAA